AUGAAGUGGUAUCCAGGAGGAGAGUGGCACCAUCCCACAAUGAGCAAACAGGCAGAGCACAUUCUCUCACAGUGCAAGCAGAGCCACAGAGACCAGCGCCAUCAAGACUCUGCUCACCUCAGCCAAACACAGGAACUGACACCACACCGCUACUUUCAGCACAACAGGGGGAAUUUGAAGGCUUCUGGCGCAGCAGAGUUGGCAUCGGCAAUUAUAUCUGGACUCGCGCUCACAAGGGACAUCGUUCACGACUCUGUCGCUGCAGCGGGCCGCAGCGUUGUCAUCUAUCUGACCAAUCGGAGCCAGACUUACAUCCUCACAAGUCCACAGGUUUACACCUACAGCGGAUACUGCUCUGAUCCUCCCCAGCCCACCGUGACACAGGGGGAGACGGAAAUAUGUUCGUUUCGCAAAACCGCUGGAACCGCAUGCGGAACCGUGGGCCUCCUGACCUACGACAUCACAAACGACCAAAGGAAAACAGUGGAGCGUCUGGCCAUCAUGUUCUCUGUGCCCUUCGAUUACACUUAUUAUGACAACUGGCUUGCUCUUGGGCUCUUUGAAGCUGAUUAUAAGUGCAAUGAACUUCUGUACAAACAAAUGUAUUAUGAUGAGGGAACAUUCAAAAGAGAAAAGGCCACAGGAGCUGAAAUCUUGUACACCAACAAAGACAAAAAAUACACUGUUCGGGGGACGAUGUCUCCAGCAGCCAAAUCAAUAUUGAAAGUUGAAUUCUGGGAUGAAAUAUAAUCUUGGACAAAAAAGUCUACAUGAAUGAUAGUAACAAUAACUACAAGCUGCUUUUGUGUGGGAGCUUCCAUGUAUAGUUGCACUUCAAAGUGCUUCAUGAGCGUGUCUGCAUGGCGUUAAUAAAAGCAAGCUAAUAACGUGAUGUACAUGAGACAGUAAUAAAUAACCUAACAGUAAAUGGUAUAUAUGCUGGUAUAUAUAAUGGUGAAGUUCUCGGUUACUCUGAUGAUGUAAGGGAAGUAAGCCUGGAGCUCCUAUAUGAGGCAUGAAUUUACCUUCAGCAUGCUGUUAGACAAUGAUCUCAUCAAAUGCAUUCUAGUGUAACCUCUGUUGAAACAUUGUUAGAGACUCAGCAAGUCAUGAGAA